AUGUCGACACACUGCUCACACUCGACUUCCCGUCCUCCUCCCUCGAAACUGAAGCUCACCCAGCAUGCGCAUUGGACUGCGACCACAGACAACAGUUUCGGCACGAUCAUCGAGUACCUCCGUCCGUCCAUGUUCGGCAGCGACCAUGCCGUCGUUGAAAUCUCCACUAUCAGUGGUUGCCAAGCCUCGAACAUUCCGUCGCGAUAG